AUUUUAAUGAAUAAAUUAAUGCAAAAUGUGAUAUCAAAUAAACCUGCAUUUUAGUUAGAAUUAUUGAAUUGAAUAGAGCUUUUUAAGAUUAUACUAUCAGGAAAAUUAACAAUGAUUAAAUUACAUAAACUAGCUAUAAAUCCAUGGAAAAAUGUCGUUUAUCCCAUGCGGACUUUUUCAUCAUUAGACAGCAAAAAAUACGAUAUCAUAGUAGUAGGAGGCGGUAUUGUAGGAUGCGCCACAGCCAGAGAACUAAAAAAAAGACAAAGGCACUUAAAAAUCGCCUUGGUUGAAAAAGAAAAAGAACUAGCGUUCCAUCAAAGCGGCCACAACAGCGGCGUCAUCCACGCAGGAAUAUACUACACGCCGGGUUCCUUGAAAGCCAAACUUUGCGUCGAAGGCCUCCGCCUGGCCUAUCGAUACUGCGACGAAAAGGGCAUCCCCUACAAAAAAGUAGGCAAACUAAUCGUCGCCACCGACCCCGAAGAAGUCCAACGAUUGCACGUCCUCCACGACAGAGGCAUCAAAAACGACGUGCCGGAACUGACCAAGCUCACCGGUCCCGAGGAAAUCCGAAAAAUCGAACCCCUCUGCACCGGCCUGGAGGCCCUCUGGUCCCCUCACACCGGCAUCGUCGACUGGAAGCUCGUCACCAACCACUACGCCGAGGACUUCAAACAAGACGGCGGCGAAAUUUACUUAAAUUUUGAGGUAAACGACUUCCGCGUGGAGGAGGAAUCCCCCGACAACGUCGACUACCCCAUAGAGGUGCGAUCCGCCGGAGGUGUGGCGUUCAGGUCGAAGUUCGUGCUCACCUGCGGGGGCUUGCACUCGGACCGCCUGGCCGAGCUGUCGGGGUGCUCCAAGUCGCCGAAGAUCGUGCCGUUCAGGGGCGAGUACCUGGUGCUGGCGCCGGAGAAGGCGCGCCAAAUCAAAGCGAACAUCUACCCGGUGCCGGAUCCGAGGUUUCCCUUCUUGGGCGUGCACUUCACGCCUCGCAUGGACGGCAGCGUGUGGAUCGGCCCCAACGCUGUCUUCGCGUUCAAAAAGGAGGGUUACAAAUGGAGCGAUUUCAAUUUGAGGGAGUUCGCGGAGAACGUCACCUAUCCGGGGUUCUUGAAGCUGGCCGUGAAGUACAUGAGGAAAGGGGGCGAGGAGAUGGUCAAAUCGUUCGCUUUGAAUUUGAUGCUCAAUGAUUUAAGGAAGUUCGUGCCUUCGUUGAGACGCGAGGAUAUUCUACCGGGGCAGAAGGCGGCUGGUGUUAGAGCGCAAGCGUUGGAUAUUGACGGGAAUUUGGUGGAUGAUUUCUACUUCGAUACUAAAUCGUAUGAAACAGGAGGUGUCGUGAAGAAUAGGGUGCUUCAUUGCAGGAAUGCUCCGAGUCCUGGUGCUACCAGUUCCCUUGCCAUUGCUAAGAUGAUAGCGGAUAAAUGCGAAAACGAAUUUCAAAUUCGCAAUGGCUGAACGUUUUGUGCGUUUUAAAUAAUCCUAAGUUAAUACUUUGUUUGGCCUUACUAAAGUAUAAUUGGAAUGUGAACAACAACGAAUAACAAUAAAGGGUAACUUUAAU